GAGGGGAGGGAGGGGUGAACCAGAGGACUCUCACCUGAGAGGGGACAAGAAGAAAGAGGUCAUAGACAUGUACAGCUUUCUACUUGCCUCACCCAAUGGAAGUCCAUCGAUUGGCCAGCUCGCCCCCGCUUGCUUGAAUCUGUGAAAUGAAAGGGGGUGGAGGGGAAGGUACAGGGGGAAACAUGGAAUAGAGAAAGGGAUGGAGAGGACUCAGAGGUUCAAACAGACCUUAAUCUGCUCCCACUGCAUAUGAAGUGCUGAUCACAAGUGAAUGGGGCUGGGGAGUGGCUGAACUAAUACACUCACACACUCCCUCUUUGCAGAACUAUUUUACAGCUUAUCACUGGGUGUCUGGACUCUGUUUAGUAUUUUGUAUUUAGGUGAAGGAUAUUUUGUUUUUGUUUGUUGUUUUUUGUUUUUAUUUAAAUUCUACCAUGGUGUUUACUGAGGGAAGUGUGUGAUUUUUGAUUGCUUGAUAUCUCCCCUAGUCUUACUUUCUCUGAGCUUUUUUGAGAAAUCUACCCUGCACAGAGAUACAGAACAUGACUCUCAAAUGUCCUUAAUAUUAACUCAGCCUGGAGGGGUCUUAUUCAAAGUUCAUCCAGAAAACGAAUUCCCUGUUGGAAUCUAAUACUACAAAAUUUACUGUCUUUUUUUUUCUUCUUCUGACAGUUGCCACAGGGUAAAGACUUCCCAAGGAGUGAUUUAUUUUUUAUUUUUUGUGAAUAAUCAGGAUUGUGCCUGGACAAGUAGGUUUGCCCUAGACCUGAUGAUUGUCAUUCCUUAGCCUCAGGUGGGUUCCUCCUUGCUCUGUGAUUGUAGAAGUUUAGCUGGGUUCUGGUCAAGUUGGAUGUAUCACCUGAGAAGGAGGACUGGAUUUGUUUUGGUAUUUGGAUCCCACAACUCCUUGCAAGGACUGAAAGAAGGAACAGACAUUAUGGAGACAAUGGGGAAGAGCAAGUCACUAUUUGGAGUUCUAUUAGUUUUGCCUUUGUUGGUUGAUCGCUAUCACUUUACAUCAGCAGAGGUCGCAGAACAAGCUUACGAUGUGUCUAAUUCAAUGAAUAAAAUGAUAUUGGGAAAACACGAGAAUGUUUUAUUGGACUUGAACACGUUUAGCCACCGAUGGAGAAGGAAUUCUGUGGAUACAAACAGGCCCAGCGUUGACCAUGAUUUCUUAGAAGCCGCAGGUCUCUCCGACAUGUUUCUUGAGGAAGGAAAUGACAAUGGCACAGAUGUUGAGGAGGAUACUGAUCAUAAGUAUUACGCUUCUAGAACAUUUGGUCCAUUGGAUUCUGCCAGCAGGGAUUUAUGGGUGGACAUCGAUCAAAUGGAAAAAGAAAAAGUAAAGAUUCACGGAAUUCUGUCAAAUACACAUCGGCAAGCAGCAAGAGUGAACCUAUCGUUUGAUUUUCCAUUCUACGGACAUUUUCUGCGUGAAAUUACGGUGGCAACUGGAGGUUUUAUUUAUACUGGAGAAGUUAUACAUCGGAUGCUGACUGCAACGCAAUAUAUAGCUCCCUUGAUGGCCAAUUUUGAUCCAAGUGUGUCGAGAAAUUCAACUGUCAGAUACUUUGAUAAUGGUACCGCACUUGUUGUUCAAUGGGAUCAUGUCCACUUACAAGAAAACUACAGCCUCGGGAGUUUUACUUUUCAAGCCACAUUAAUUAACGAUGGGCGUAUAGUGUUUGGAUAUAAGGAUAUUCCAGUUCCAGUAAUGCAGAUUAGUUCAACAAAUCACCCUGUGAAAGUAGGACUUUCAGAUGCAUUUGUGGUGGUUCACAAGAUUCAACAGAUACCUAAUGUCCGUAGAAGAACAAUUUUUGAAUACCACAGAGUGGAAUUGGAAAUGUCAAAGAUUACCAACUUCUCCGCUGUUGAGAUGCUACCACUGCCAACCUGUCUCCAGUUUAAUAGCUGCAGUACUUGUGUCACUUCCCAAAUUGGCUUUGACUGCAGCUGGUGUAGCAAUCUCCAAAGAUGUUCAUGUGGAUUUGAUCGCCACCGGCAAGACUGGGUGGAAAAUGGCUGCCCUGAAGAGGCCAAAGACAAAGUUUGCGAAGGUCUUCUACAGACAACUGAGGUCCCACGUCACACUACAACAAGAAUUCGAGUAGCAACUACACGAGAUUUUACUUCAACCAUGAGAAUGGCAACAUCAAAUCUACCAAGCAGCCUCCCUACUGAAGAUGACACAAAGAUAGCGCUUCACCUUAAGGAUAAUGGAGCUUCUACAGAUGACAGCGCAGCCGAGAAGAAAAACGCGACACUGCACACAGGAUUGAUAAUUGGAAUAUUGAUACUAGUUCUCCUGGUUAUUACAGCCAUUCUUAUAACAGUCUACAUGUAUCAUCACCCCACAUCAUCUGCAAGUCUCUUUUUUAUUGAACGUCGCCCAAGCAGGUGGCCAGCGAUGAAAUUCAGGAGAGGCUCUGGACAUCCUGCUUAUGCUGAAGUAGAGCCUGUUGGAGAAAAAGAAGGUUUCAUAGUGUCUGAGCAGUGCUAAAUGUCAAGGACGAAACACCAGUACUGGUUUCUGGUGGAAGACAUUUGAAUUUUUUUCCCAUAUAUUUUACAAAAAAAACCAUGAACCGCCAGUUCAGAAAUAGACUCUUGGCUACAGAAGGAAGACACUUUUUCUCCAAUAUCCUGAUGUUAUACAUAGUACUCUUCCAGUGUGGAAUAUUGUAGUACAUCCUGGCGGACUAUAGGUGGACAACAGUAGCAACUGGACUAGAUCUCUUCUACUGGCUUGAGGGGAGAGCCUCAUAUUUCAUUUGUACACCUCAAUUUUAUUCCUGUGUUAGGUUUGAGAACUUUAGGAAGCUGAAUAGUGCAGUUGAAGACUACAUGUGGACAAAUAGUGCAGGAUCACAAACUAAUAGUAAACUGUUCACUUGAGGAACAAAAAGGGAUCUCUACAUGUCUCGUAUGGAAUGAAUGAUGAUUAAAAAGCUUGAACAAAAAAAUUACCUUUAGACAUCAAUAAGGAGAACUUCUGGUCCUGCGCCAGACCUAUGUCAUUCUAAAUAUUGUGUUUUCUGUUAUUGACAAGAAAAUCUAGCCAAAAAGAAAUUCCAAAAUAAAAAUUGAUACAGUGCUUCUGUGUAACCUUAAAUUAUGUAUGUCCCAUUUAAAUCUGUAAUCAGUAGUUGCUGUGAAUGAAAGCAGUAAUCAGUAUCUUAGACACCUUAAAAAGAUUUGUGUGUAAAUGUGGAUCUGCAGACAAUGCUUUCUCAGGAACCUUUCUAGAAAUAUUAAGUCAUAGAUGUCAAAAUAUAUUAAUAAAAUAAAUAAUAAUAAUAAAAAA